AUGAAAUCUGAGACCUCUUUCCCUCUUAAAGCCAUUAACAAAAAACUACCUCCUUUUAAAGCUAAAAAGGAUCGCCACGCCAAGGUGAAUGGGCGAGAAUGUCGCGUUCUCUUGCCAUCAUUGUGUGCUGCUCGCAUCUUCCAACUCACCCAUGAGCUAGGCUAUAAGACUCAUGGCGAGACCAUUGGGUGGCUUUUACGCCAAGCUGAGCCUUCCAUUAUUGCCACCAUUGGCACCACAAUGUCAUCUCCUGUGGACACACCAAAUUCCAUCGUUGUUGCACCUGCAUCAGCUUCAGUCUUGCCAUCACCAGCUAAGGACAAAACUACAGGUCAAGAUGCAAAUUCAGCUGCCAUGUUUGAAGGCAUAAAGUUUGAGCAAGCAUCUCCACCCUUUGAGUUUGAUUUGUUUGCAAACUUUGAUGUAGAAUUUUUUAAUAGUGAGAUAGCAAUGCUCUAA